AAAUUUCAAAUGUCAGAUUUCAAAGUUAAAAAUUCGUGUUAUGUUUCAGAAAUUUUGCGGUUGGAGGUUGGAUUCUCUAGUAAACUAAUGAAAAUGAAGAUAUACUUGUAAUCGGGAAGUACAGCUCUCGAAAGUUACCUAAUUCAAAGCAGAGAAUCACUGACAAUAUCUUCAGCAUGUAAAACUGUGAUGUAAUUUAAUUUUAUCAAAAGAUGAUUAUAACUUUACAAAAAUAAUGAAAUGAUACUGAAUAGAAUAACAAAACUUCAAUGUGAGUAGCAAGAUCAAAAAAGCUAUGCAAGCUAAAAGGCGCUACUUGCUGGUCUUUGUAGUUGCAUUCCUCACUUUCUGGUAUUUCGGAGGAUACCACUUGCGGCAUCAUGAAGAAAUAAUCAUUGAUAUAGAUGGACUGUCUGACUAUGUCAGUAUGAAUGUAAUAGACACAGGCUAUUUAGUUAGGGGAAAAGAGAGAACUUUGUUAGAAAAUAAGGAGAACUGUCGAAUGGAAACUUGUUUUGAUUUCAGUAAAUGUGAAAGAGAUUUCAGAGUGUAUGUUUAUCCUCAGGAGGACAGCAGUGUGCCUAGUCCGUCCUACCUAAAACUGCUCAAUGUCCUGCUAGAAUCUAGAUAUUAUACUGCCGAUCCUAGAGAAGCUUGCAUAUUUGUACUAAGUAUAGACACAUUGGAUAGAGACCGAUUGAGUAAUGACUAUGUUCGGAAUAUGCAAAGUAAAUUACAACGCUUACCUCAUUGGAACAAUGGCCUCAAUCAUGUCAUAUUUAACUUGUAUUCUGGUACUUGGCCCAACUAUACUGAAAAUGACUUGGAUUUUGAUUAUGGUAAGGCGAUUUUAGCCAAAGCAAGUAUGUCAGAAAACCAUGUCCGUUCUGGAUUUGAUAUUAGUAUUCCAUUAUUUCAUAAAGUACACCCUGCAAAAGGUGGUGAACCCGGAGCCGCUUCUGCUAAUAAUUUUCCUUUAGAAAAGACCUAUCUAUUGGCUUUUAAAGGUAAGAGAUAUGUUCAUGGUAUUGGCUCUGAUACUAGGAACUCUCUAUAUCAUCUUCACAAUAGAAAAGAUAUUAUCAUGGUUACGACAUGCCGACAUGGAAAAAGUUGGAAAGAUAUGAAAGACGAGAGAUGUGAUGAGGAUAAUAAGGAAUAUGACAAGUUUUAUAUGGACAAAACCAGAUCUGUCAACUGUCAGAAUAUACAGCGCAAUCAUUCAGCUGUAAACUGGUGGAGGCAAGUUUCGAAAAUGAAACCUCCUCCUGAAAAUCAAGUAGGCUUGUGUAAUUUUCCUCAAUUUUUAUUUCAGGUGCCUCAUAUUAUUCGUUCCUUGACGCCAAGCAAAAUCUUGCAGCUUCGACAGCAAACUCAAGUUCUCUGGGAUAGAUACUUUUCUUCCAUAGAAAAAGUCGUAUAUACAACUUUAGAAAUAAUCCGUGAGAGACUUCCAAAACAGCCCAUAAGGGAUGGACGAGUUUGGAAUAAUUUUCCAGGAGCUCUGGUAACCCUUUCAACUUUCUCGGACUCAGCAGAGGACUUUCCAUUUCAUGUUGAAAGAGACGAAAGGAUGGGAUUUACAGCUGUAAUAUAUUGUCAACUAGGAGUUCCUUUUGCAACAAAUUCUCCACUUUAUAGGUUAGUGAAUUAUGUUGGCCGAAGUAAAUAUGUUGCAAAAAUAUUGAUAGUUUGGUCUAGUGAAAAGCGACCGACAAAUAGAAAUAGGUGGCCUGGUUUACCUCUACAUGUACCCUUGCAUAUUAUACAGCCGAGUUUGAAUUCUAAUAUAGGAAACGAACAGACAAAAUCGAGUAUAUCACAGCGUUUUUUUACUCAUAAAGAAAUUGAAACUGAAGCAAUAUUAUCGUUGGACGAAGAUACAACACUAACGACAGACGAGAUUGAUUUUGCAUUCACUGUUUGGAAGCAAUUCCCCGAUAGAAUUGUAGGGUACCCAGGGAGAUCCCAUUAUUGGGAUGAUUCAAAGUCAACUUGGGGUUAUACAUCUAAGUGGACCAAUGAUUACUCUAUUGUUUUAACAGGAGCUGCCUUUUAUCACCGAUAUUAUAAUUUUCUCUAUACUGAAUGGCUAAGCCCAUUGCUGCAUAAAACAGUUGAACAAAGUCAAAAUUGUGAGGACAUAUUGAUGAACUUUCUGGUGAGCCAUGUAACCCGUAGACCGCCAAUCAAAGUUACCCAAAGAAAACAAUACAAAGAGCAACCUAGUGCAGGUAGUUGGUCACCUUGGAAUGACCCAGAUCACUUCAUCCAGAGACAAACCUGUCUGAAUACUUUCGCGGCUGUUUUUGGUUACAUGCCUCUUCUGAGAUCUAAUUUGAGGUUAGAUCCAGUAUUGUUCAAAGACCCUGUUUCUAAUAAAAGAAAAAAAUAUCGCAAAAUCGAGUUGGUGGGCAGUUAGUAUUCAGUUUGCAGUCUGUAGAAUUUUAAGUACAUGUAAAGUAUAUCGAAAGUUUUAUAUAACGAUAUUCAAUUUUAUCAAAAAAAAACAUAAUCAUUUUAAAGGACUUAAAUUGUGGAGAAACGUGUGAUGCAUAGUACUAUUCAUUAUUGAAGCAAUAUUUUUAUUCGACUCAAAAAUUAAUUGUAUUGAAUGAGUCAACAUUUCAUUUAUUUCAUACAAAAAGAAUUUAAUAAUAUUAAUUCGAUACAAACUUUGGAAAUUUGGUCUUAGACUUCGCUUUACUGGAGUCGGCAAAAGAAGACGAGUACUUGAUUGUCAAUUAGAACAAACCAAAGACAGCUUGUCUCAACUCCUUGAUAGAGAUUUAUUCAUCAAGCGGGUUUGUAGCAUGUUAUAAAAAGUAGACACAGAAUAAACCCAGGAAGUGUUUUUGAACCAGAAUAUAAUUCACAAGAAAUUCCUACAUACUCGUCACCACAUGUCAAUUGACUUAAACCACAGAUAUGAACUCGCUCCAUUAUCUUCAGUUUUGAUGAUUAUAUACCUACUACAGUUCAAAAAUGAAAGUCAUGAAAUAAUGAAAACAGUUGACGAAAUUAAAAAACAUACCAAAGAAAAAUUAAAUUGUUAGGUGUACUCUUUAUAUUAUGAUUACUAAUAUUGAUGCAACAUGAGACCUAAUCAUUGUUGUCUUCUAAUUUUCGAAAAUUUGGUUUAAAUUGGACUUCAUUUUUGAAGAAUGAAUUAAUAUAUUCAUAAUAAUUAUAUUUACUGAUAUGAUUACGAUUUCCAUUUUAUUAAAUUUGUUGGAAUAUUUUGUAUUGAAGUACAUUUCAUUUACAAACUGUUACACUAUAACUUUUCAUCUUGGGUCGAUAUAUCAUGCAGAUAUUUUAUUGAUUAGAAUUUACUUAUAAAAAUAGUGAAAAUUUUAUACAAUUUUUAUGUAUCAAGUCUUUCG